UUUCGCGACGGUACAGCAGUCUGUCUCUCGACCGGCAGAUAAGCAGGGAGGGGGAACAGCCGGGGUGAUAUGUUGAUCAUGGCGACAAAUUAAUGUGUAAAUACUUGAAUACUUGACAUACGUUUCAUCCAUCUGUUCUGACAGAAUGCCACGGGCGCUGACAUGUGACGGCCACACCUUUCACUCUCUCUGAAGGGCAGGGACACAGACCCACCCCCGGGCUGAACUCGUGGGGAUAUGCUGGAAGGAGGCACGGAAUACAUGUACCCGCCAGAAUCGUGAUCUACCCCAGGGAAUUAUUUCAACAUGGUGUUCAGGGUGGAUUCAAACAAUCCCCGCCCCCGGGGAAAACCGCAGGGUGAAUUUGUGGAUGUACGCGACAGUAGAAAUUCCCAUCCCCUGGGAUUUGGAAUAUGGAAAUAUGUAUUGUGCGUCGUUGUGUUAUAUGUGGGUAUACCCCAGGGUGGGGCCCAGAACGCUAACCACAUCGUUCUGACCCCCCUCGGGAGGGGAGGGAAGGAGGUGGCCCUGCUCAUUGUACCUGAAGUUGGAUUAGAGAACACGGCGUAUGAAGAAUUAGCGGCUGUCCUGCAGUUCGAGAGCGGGAUCACUCUGUGGGUGUGUCUGCUGGACACUAAGACAGACGGACCACUGACCCCGGACAGUCUAGGGGAGACGGUCAUCAUGGGUCUGGAGGAGCUGACGGUCAAGGGGAUGAACGCAGAGGACGCCGCCAUCUUUGUUGCUGGCCACGGCCGAGGCGGGGCCAUGCUUGCAACAUAUGUAGCUGAGGUACCAGAUUUUUUCAGUGGGAUUAUAUUGAUGGGUACAUAUCUAAAACCACAGAAGAAGGCAUCUGCAUUUCCAGUCCCUAUCAUGACGAUCACUGGAGACCUCGACGGGAUAACCCGGAUAACGAGCGUGGCCGAAGCGUUUAGGUCAAUGAGAGAUGACGUGGCCUUUGACUCGGACCUCAUAUACCACAGCCCACUGGUCAUUAUGGACGGCUUCAACCACGGCGUCUUCUCGUCCGGUGAACUCCCUGGGAACAUGCAGACUCUGGAUAUAAGGCCCGAAGGCUCCAUAGAAGACGGCCAGCGAUUGGUCACCAACUGUACGGCGUUGUUUAUUGCCCACACAAUGAACGCGCCUGCCGCUUUCGUAAAGGUGGCCAAAAUACAGUUUAGAGAAGCAUACGACAAAGCGGUAUUCAUAACAAAGCCGAUCCUAGAGGUGAAGGAGAUGACGCAGAACCCCGAUGGUGAAUCCUACUUCGUCAGGGUGGCGCAGAAGUGGUUGUCCGGGCUCCAGGGAGACCAGUCCACGAGGCUCACAGUGGAGAGUUACAUUGUAGGGGAAGCCACUGAAAUCCCGCCCUCGGUGCUAGCGGAGGGGCACCAAUCAGUAGUCAUAACGUUCUCUGACGUGUUGCGCGCGCAGACACAGGAAACCGAUGACGAUGAGAAACCGGAAGCACCCGUUGAGAUAGCAGCCCGGAUGUUGAGCCCUCAGAGGAUAAAGAAAGAGUUGGGAGACACAAACAUCACAAAGUUGUACACAUGCAGGGAUCUCAACUACGGAUCCUACCUGACCGCGUACAACAAGGCGUCAGAAACUGCCCGCAGACGUUUCGACAACAGCCACAAGGGCAUUAUUUUCCACACGGAUAUGUUGGUUCAGAGUGACCUAGCCUGGAAACUCACCCAGCUAUUGGUUGAAGUCAAGGGGCACGAGCUUCAUGUGACGGCGAUCUCGUACAUGACGCCAAACUUAGAUACUCUUGGAGAAAGAGCUGGUUUAUAUUACUGCAAAAUACUUCCUCCCGACAGAGCUAUAGAAUGGAUUUAUGUGGAUUCACUGAGAUUAAAUAUGCCGUCCUGAAGUGCCUUGUGAAGCGUUCAGAGUUGACCAUGGAUGUGUUCGAGCGACGAUUCUGGGAACAGCUUCAGAAACGUGUUCUAAAAGGGUGUACUUAUUGGUGUAUGCACCAAGACGAACAUGUAAAAUGUAGAAGAGGAAACGGUGAAGUUUGGACAGUAUCUGGUGAUGAGAGUGAACAAGUUCAGUGCAAGAACGCGUUGGGUUGGACUGUAUAAUAUACCUCAUUCCAAACAGCAUUUAAAAGAUAUUUUACUUUUAUAAGACACUGCGUUUUUUAUCUGCUCAAAUGAACAUAAACAUUAUUUAUACCUUUCGUAUAAAUCCCUCAGCAUUUCACCUGCUGGAGUUUGGUGUUCACAGUGUCAGAGUUUGUCAUGUGUAUUAAAGUCUAGGUAGAAAGAAUACGUGGUCUUCUUGGACAGGUCAGUGAGGGUGUAGAGUAGUAGCCAAGUGGUCAAAGCAUUCGCUCGCCGUGCCCACGAUCAGGGUUCUAUUCUCCACAUGGGUACAGUUUGUGAUCCUGCCUCGUUCCGCUUUGAUGGAAGGUCACAUAAAGUCACACUCAGUCCACUCGAUCACCAUAGUCUUGCGGCAAUAGGACAUAUUUUAGAUCGAUCUAUAAAGUCAUGGAGAGGAUGUUUAUUUCUUUAUUGCUUAUUCUUUCUGGAUUCUGUGUGCUUUCUGGAUUCUGCAUAUUCUUUCUAGAUUCAGCAUGCUCUUUCUGGAUUCUGCAUAUUCUAUCUGGAUUCUACAUAUUCUUUCUGGAUUCAGCAUGCUCUUUCUGGAUUCUGCAUAUUCUUUCUGGAUUCUACAUAUUCUUUCUGGAUUCUGCAUGCUCUUUUAGGAUUCUGCAUAUUCUUUCUGGAUUCUGCGUGUUUUUCCUGGAUUCUGCAUGCUCUUUCUGGAUUCUGCAUAUUCUUUCUGGAUUCUGCAUGCUCUUUCUGGUUUCCUCAUAUUCUCUCUGGAUUCUGCAUAUUCUUUCUGGAUUCUGCAUGCUCUUGUCCUAUGACCUAGCAAUGUUUUAAUGCUUCAUGGAAUGAACAUUGUCCAUACAAAAGGCAAAUCUUUUCAGCCUGGACAAAUGUUCCUUGCUGUUACUACUUGACCUUUGACACAGAUACCUUAGUUCCAAUAUCCAUGAGCAGACCGAAUUAAUAACACCCACAGAUUUUAUGAAACUUCUAUUGUUCAAUAACAAAGAAACAUUGGUAUGAAUAACAAGCAUUGUUUUCAUGAAAUUCAGUAUGUGAUGUACAAUUCUGGAGGUCAUUAGAGACAUCGUUUUAGAAAAUUAGAAGCUUCUAUUUGUUAAAACAUCACCCAUCCUUGACAUAAUCAAAUCCUCCAGAUUUGACGGAGGAUGUCUACAUUUGUUUACCUCAUCAUUCUGUAAUGAGUGACCUACUGAUGCAUCUUAUCAGUGUUAUAAAGUACUUUGUCCCUCUUUAAAUCAUUCUUCAGUACCUGACUUUAGAAGAAUAUAUUUCAUCAAAUCAAGUGCCAUACACUUUUUGUGAUGCAUUAAAAAGCAUUUUAUUUAUUGCUUGUUGUCUUUUUUUAACAAAUGAAUGCAUAAAUGUUGUAGCUGAACAAAAUUGUAAGAUUAUGUAGAGAAUUGAGUAGAACUCUAUUAAAAUGUUGAAGCACUUUCAUAAUAAAUCAGAGUUUUUUUUC